AGGUAUGGACCUGUACAACACAGUGUGGUAUCGCUGGUCACUGGUAUAUUUCUUGGCGGACACAUUGCCGCUCGAGGCGAGUCGACGGUUGAUAUUGUUCGGAUUCUGCAGCGAUCGCUAUGUGGUGCCUCCACGGAGAGCCAGAUACGCUUGUCAGGCAUUGUACACGCGUUAGACCGAGGUUACCAGUCGAAUGCAGUCAACCAACAGAUAUUUGAUGCUGGAAGCAGUAUCAUCGGUACUCACAACGUACUGGUCAAUUUCCGUUUA